AUGCCUCCUCUCAAUACUUCUCAUCGCGCUCCUGUAACCUUCUUGCUGAUGGGUAUCCCCGGACUAGAGCACCUGCAUGCCUGGAUUGGGAUUCCCUUCUGCUCCAUGUACGUGGUGGCCCUGGUGGGGAAUGUGACCAUUCUGGCUGUGGUGAGGGCAGAACGAAGCCUGCACGAGCCUAUGUUCCUCUUCCUCUGCAUGCUCUCGAUCACUGACCUGGUCCUCUCCACAUCUACACUGCCCCGCAUGCUCUGUCUUUUCUGGCUCAGAGCCCAUGACAUUGCCUUUGAUGCCUGCCUGACCCAGAUGUUCUUCAUUCACAGCUUUACUACCAUGGAAUCGGGUUUUUUCCUGGCCAUGGCCAUUGACCGUUAUGUGGCCAUUUGUCAUCCACUGCACCAUACCACCAUUCUCACCUAUGCUCGCAUCACUGUAAUGGGUAUCAUUGUGGUGAUUCGGGGGGUGGCCUUCUUUUCCCCACAUCCCAUUCUGCUCAAACAGCUGCCUUACUGUAGGACACGAAUCAUUGCCCACACCUACUGUGAGUUUAUGGCUGUCCUGAAGCUGGCGUGUGUGGACAUAGGAGCCACCUCACGUUAUAGCCUCAGUGUGGCUUCUAUCAUUGGUUCAUGUGAUGCAGUUCUUAUUGCUGUGUCCUAUGUCUUCAUCCUCCGCUCUGUAUUCCACCUGCCAUCCCGAGACGCUACCUUUAAGGCUCUGGGCACAUGUGGAUCCCAUGUUUGUGUCAUUCUUGUCUUCUACUCCACAGCUGGUUUUUCCAUUUUCACUCAUCAUUUCAGGAAAAAUGUGCCUGCACAUAUUCAUAUUUUUAUUGCAAAUAUGUACCUUUUGGUGCCCCCUUUUCUCAAUCCUAUUGUGUAUGGAAUAAGGACCAAGAAAAUACGGGAGCAUGUUUUUAAGGUGCUGCAUGUUAAAGUUGCCUGA